ACAUGUGGAAUAAGAGAUCUAAAAUUCCAAAAUAAAGGUGGAAGUGGAACCCAGUCCAACGGAAGAUACGAAUUUGGGUUCGUAAUGUAGCAAUAACUGAUUCAAAAGGUCAUCGUUAUUUGAUGGAGAGACACGACACGACACGACACCAAAGUUGAAUAGUUUUAGCAGCCUAAAAUUUAAUUAAAAAACACACAUAAAAUAAUAAUAGGGAAAGGGGUAUCGACAUGCGUCAAGUAGCAAAUGCUCCUCCCACGUUCAAAAUUCGUCUAAAUCAUUGAAACCUAUUCUUUACGCGUCAUAAAGGACCACCCUCCUUCACCUCCAUUUUUUCCAUAUCCUUUUUUCUCAAAAACCCAUUCCACUGUACAACUCCUACAGACAAACGUACAACUCCCUCAGACCACACCCUCUCGGCCGCCGCCGUAAAGAUAGCAGAUCCAAACUACUUGCAUACUCUUUCAUGGAUUCUUCCGACCAACGCCGGAAGCGGAAGCGUUUUCUUAAACCCACACACCAUUUCUUUUCUCUAAGAUCUCUGCUUUAUUCCUUAUCUUUCUUUGCUUUCUUCUUUAUCCUUUUCCGGCGACCCACGCCGUCGUUUUACCCUCUCGUCGGAUCAUCCGCAUCGUUUACUUUCCAUCGAUUCUCCGGUGAGUUGACUCGGUUUAAGAUUGACGAUAUAGUUCUGUUUCCUGAUCAUGUUCUAGUGUUGGUUUCGAAAGAUGUCGGAUUCGGCAUUGGAAGAUGGAAUGGAAAUAGAAAAGGAUUGGAAUGUGUGUACGGAAGUAAUGAUACCGAUUCUGGUGGUGUUAGGGAUGUGUUGUCGGUGGAUGAAUACAACGACAUCCGGUGGCUCCUCCGCUGUCCGCUUCCUCCGCCGAACUUCUCAUCGGUGGUCGGUAUACGUAGCCAGGGUGGUGUGGUGGUGGGUACGGCGGACGGAGGGUUGAAUUCGUGGGAGAAUUUGGCGUACGAGGCGGUGGUGGAUGGGAACACCGCGGUGGUGUUUGUGAAAGGGAUUAGUCAUAGACAGGAUAAAGAAUCCGACCCGAAUCGGUUCAAUUGCCAUUUCGGGUUAGGGAAUGAGAAAUACAUACUUACCUCUAGAGUAUUAACAGCUGCUCAAGAAGUUGUAAGGUGUGUGUUGCCGAAAAGUCUCGAAACGCACCCGGAAAAGGCUCAGGGGAUCCGAGUCACCGUUAGUUUUCGAAUGCCAACGUUUCGUAACCGUAGAACCCACGAUCACCGAGUCUUUGUUCCAUCUGUCGCAAAGAUAUCGGGUUCGACAUUGGAGGAGAAGAAACCGACACCGAAACACGAGCUUUGUGUCUGCACGAUGCUGUGGAACCAAGCCGAUUCAAUUCGUGAAUGGGUAACUUAUCACUCGUGGCUAGGAGUCGAAAGAUGGUUUAUUUACGAUAACAACAGCGAUGACGAGAUUCAGGAGGUGAUCAACAAGCUCGAUCUCGAGGGUUAUAAUGUUAGCAGACAUGUUUGGCCAUGGAUCAAGACUCAAGAAGCUGGGUUUUCACAUUGUGCUAUAAGAGCUAGAGAUGAAUGUAAUUGGGUUUCUUUCAUGGAUGUCGAUGAGUUCUAUUACUUUCCGAGGCUCACAGGGAGCGAUUCCACGGGCCAGGAUGCUCUCCGAACCUUAGUUUCAAACUACACUUCAACUUCUCCAUCAACUGGGGAGCUUAGAACAGCUUGCCAUAGUUUUGGGCCAUCGGGUUUACGUUCGCCACCUAAGCAAGGGGUAACGGUAGGGUACACUUGCAGAUUACAGAGUCCCGAAAGGCACAAAUCGAUCAUCAGACCAGAUGCGAUGGAUACGACUCUAAUGAAUGUGGUGCACCAUUUCCACUUAAGGGAAGGUUUUGGUUAUGAAGAUGUGCGUCAAAGCACUGCUGUUAUAAAUCACUAUAAGUAUCAAGUUUGGGAGGCUUUUAGGGCAAAGUUUUACAGAAGGGUUGCUACGUAUGUGGCUGAUUGGCAAGAUAGCCACAACGAAGGAUCGAGAGAUCGGGCGCCUGGGUUGGGAACGGAAGCAAUCGAACCGGCCGACUGGAGACUAAGGUUCUGUGAAGUUUGGGAUACUGGUUUAAGGGACUUUGUUCUAGCUAACUUAGCUGAUAUUUCAACUGGGGUUUUGCCAUGGGCUAGAUCUUUGGGACAUACAGACAUAGAGCAGAUUCAGUGAUAUACUUUUCAUUUGUUCAUACAUAUAUUCUUUUCUUCCAUUUUGAUAUUAGUUUAUUGUAUUUUUCAUCCAUGGAGAAGGGUAUGAAUUCAUUGGGGGAUCUUUGGACAGUUGUAAUAUUAUGACCAUGUAAUAUAAUUCUUUCUUUGGGUUUCACU